UUUUACACCAUGACGGUGCCGAUGAUGGCGGCGGCUGCGGCCACCACGACGUGCCCGGGCCGGGGCUGGCGCCACCGUGAGGGGUACCCCGGUGCCGUACCCCCUUCCCCGCCGCGCCACUUCACCUUCGAGCCCCCGCUAGGGCCCAGCUGCCCGCCCAGGCCGCGCCGCCGGCACCGACGGGUCCUUUACCCGCCUGCUGUACGACGACCACCCCCUAUGGAAGAGCCAAGCGCUGCCAAGAGGCUCCUGGUGCUGCUGUUGGCCGUGGUGAGCGCCCAAGUGUACAACACCCCCGGGGAGGUGACACCCGAAGUGGCUCCAACCAGCCCAGGGACACCAGAAGCACCCAUUGUACCUGCUGGGACACCCGGCGGGACACUGGUGGGGCCACCCAUGGGUGCCUCCUGCCCCCGGUUGCUGCUGUCGCCCAUCCUGCACCCCACCAACUGCACUGCUGCCCAUUGAGGGGCACCCAGCACCCUCACCCUCGUCUCAGGAUGACACCCAAGACUGUCACCUCUGCCUUAGGGUGACACCCAGCACCCAUUGGGCUGGGCUGGACCAGUAGCUGUGCCUGUUGUGGUGGCCACAGGGACAUUGGGGGCCCAUCACCUUGGCCUUAGGGCUGGGCCAAUGCCCCUCACCAUGCACUCAGAGACAUUUAGCACCCAUGGGUACCCCUACCUCUGCCCUUCGGGGCUGCCCUUAGCACCCAUGGGUGCUCCUCGCUCAACGUUGGGGCUGUUCACCUCAUCCCCCCCCACUUUAUACUAUUUAUUUAUUGUAUUUAUAGUAAUUUAAUGGAGCUUUAUUUAAUUGGGGGGUUAUUUAAUGUGAUAUUUAAUAAUUAAUGGUAUUUAUGACGUUGA